CUCGGGAGAGGAGAGACGCGCCGCGUGAGGCGAGGGGAGGAAACAGAACAAGAGGGGAUGGUGCGGGGAGGAAACACAAGUCCACUCGCCGUCACUCAAACCGGGAAAGGGCGAGGAAGGAGGCGGUGGAAGAUGAGGACCGGAGCCCCGCCAGGCGACCGAGUCCCGGCGUUGGCAGUGGGCACCCGCCGAUAGCGCGCCGAGUCCCCCGAACCCGCCGGCCGGCCCCUCGGCUCGGUUCGUUCACUUUCGGGACAAUCAAGUUCGUCCUCCCUGUACAAUGGUCACAAAUGGGUCUGAGCUGAACAGCACCGCGCCGGACCCCGACGACGCCGCCGCCGCCGUUCUCAACCGCCCGCCGUGGGUCACCACAACUUUGGGCUGCUUCCUCAUCUUCACCGUCGUGGUGGACAUCCUGGGCAACCUGCUGGUCAUCUUCUCCGUCUAUCGGAACAAGAAGCUCCGGAACGCAGGCAACUUCUUCGUGGUGAGCCUGGCCGUGGCCGACCUGGUGGUGGCCAUCUACCCGUACCCGCUGGUGCUGGCCUCCAUCUUCCACAACGGCUGGAACCUGGGCUACGCUCACUGCCAGAUCAGCGGCUUCCUGAUGGGCAUCAGCGUCAUCGGCUCCAUCUUCAACAUCACCGGCAUCGCCCUCAACCGCUACUGCUACAUCUGCCACAGCCUCAAGUACGACAAGCUGUACAGCGACAAGAACUCGCUGUGCUACGUGGCGCUCAUCUGGGCUCUGACGGUGGUGGCCAUCGUGCCCAACUUGUUUGUGGGCUCGCUGCGCUACGACCCGCGCGUCUACUCCUGCACUUUCGAGCAGUCGGCCAGCUCCGCGUACACCAUCGCCGUGGUCUUCUUCCACUUCAUCCUGCCCAUCAUGAUCGUCACCUACUGCUACCUACGCAUUUGGAUCCUGGUGAUCCAGGUGCGGCGCCGAGUCAAGCCCGACAACCGGCCCAAGCUGACGCCUCACGACGUGCGUAACUUUGUCACCAUGUUCGUGGUCUUUGUGCUCUUUGCCGUCUGCUGGGCGCCCCUCAACCUCAUCGGUUUGGCGGUGGCCAUCCGGCCCGAGGUGGCGCUGCCCCUGGUGCCCGACUGGCUGUUUGUGGCCAGCUACUUCAUGGCCUACUUCAACAGCUGCCUUAACGCCAUCGUGUACGGCGUGCUCAACCAGAACUUCCGCCGCGAGUACAAGCGCAUUGUGGUGUCGCUGUGCACCGCCAGACUUUUCUUCCAGGACAGCUCCAACGAUCAGGCCGGCGUGGGCGGCGACAGGCUCAAGAGCAAGCCCUCGCCGCUUAUGACGAACAAUAACCGCGUCAAGGUGGACUCUGUCUGAAGAAGAAAAAAAACAACAACCAAAUAUGAAAGAAUGGAAAAGCCUCAAGUGACUGCGACACGGUGCUAAUUUGACCUCCACAAUCAGUACAACAGGGGUGCAUAUUAUUAUCUUAUUCUUAUUAUCAGCCACUUUUGCUUUAAAGUUACAUGACUGCUGCUCUACCAAGAACUCCAAGUGGGUCAGCUCGUAGUCUGGGAACAAGUCAGCUAGUAACUUCUCCUGGUCCGCUUUGGAGCCGGCUUACGGCUGUUGGUCGACGAGAAGCUCCUGGAGCUCCGCUAGCAGCUCCUGGGAGUGUAGCAGCUUCUGGUGGUCCACUAGCAGCUUCUAAUUGGUCAUCAGCAACUCCAGCUUCUAUCGCUCUGCUAGUAGCGUGUGAGCACCUGCUAAUAGGCUGCUAGCAACUUCUACACAUCAACCAGUAACGUCUGGUUGUCCGCUAAGUAGUCUGCUAGCAAUUUCUGGUGUUGUAGCAACUCCUGAGAGCACUUGCUAGUGGUUGGAGAUCAAAGUCUCCUAUUAACUUCUAGUGGUCCGCUAGUACCUCUCGGCAACCUGCUAGGACCUCACAAAGGUCCGCUAGAGUUCCGCUAGCAACUCUUGGUGUUGAUGCAGCUCCAGGUUGGCUCGCGCUGGUGAUCGGCAGUAUCUUCGAGUUGUCCAUUAGCCGCUCGAAAUGUUGAAGUAGCUCUUGGUGGUCCACAAGAAACGUCUAAUGGUCCAAUAGCAACUCUUGGUGUUGUACCAACUCCAGGUGGUCCACCAUCAAGUCCAAGUGGUCCACAGACAGUUUCUAGAAGUCGGCUAGCAUUUGCUAUUGAUCUCUAGUGACUUCCUCUUUGCCGGUAAAACAGGGUUAUAACGUCUUCUUGUGAUCUUCUUAUCAGGCACUUUUUUUUUUUUUUUUUUUGCUUUGUAGCCGUAGUCCGGUCAACAAAUGUCCAAUGUUUUGUUUACACUGAUGGUAUGUAUCAUCAUAUUUAUUUUCAAUGUAGCUAUAUUAGUAAUACAACAUAUAUAUAAAAUAUAUAUAUAUAUAUAUCUGGUUCCACCCAAGCCACGCCAAGCCAAAACAUUGAAUAAUAAGCUCAUUUGUGACACUUAAUAAAGUGCUGUUUUAUUCUUCUAAAUCCCUGCAAUACAAAAAAAAAAAACCUUCAUGACGUGGAACAUAUAUUUUAGUCAUCAGGCCA